AUGCAGUUUCGGACAGUUUUGGAUGUAAAAGUCGUGGACGUGGAGAAGAGACGUAAUCCAUCCAAACAUUACGUGUAUCUGAUCAACGUCACAUACUCAGAUUCCACCUCCCACAUCAUCUACAGGAGAUACAGUAAAUUCUUUGACCUCCAGAUGCAGAUUCUUGACAAGUUCCCAAUCGAGGGAGGGCAGAAAGACCCCAAAAAGAGGAUCAUCCCUUUUUUACCAGGCAAAAUCCUGUUUCGACGAAGUCACGUGAGAGAUGUGGCUAUGAAGAGACUUCGCUUUAUAGAUGACUACUGUAGGGCCCUGGUACGACUUCCCCCCCAGAUCUCCCAGAGUGAGGAAGUUCUCCGGUUCUUUGAGACCAAGCCAGACGACCUCAAUCCACCAGUGGAAGACUAUGGAUCCAAACGCAAAUCAGUAUGGAUGUAUGGCUUAUCAGACAGUCCAACCAAAUCUGAGGCCUCAGGGCUUGACAGCUCGGAGCCCAUGGUGCUGGAGCAGUACGUGGCGGUGGCCAGCUACGAACGGCAGGAGAACUCGGAGAUCAGCCUGCAGGCCGGCGAAACGGUGGACGUGAUCGAGAAGAGCGAGAGCGGCUGGUGGUUUGUCAGCACAGCGGAGGAACAAGGUUGGGUUCCAGCCACGUACCUGGAUUCCCAAACUGGCACAAAAGAUGAUCUGGAAGUGGGAACAGCCAGAUCAGGAGAGGUCACUAAGAGACGAAAGGCUCACCUGAAGAGACUGGACCGCCGAUGGACACUAGGGGGCAUAGUGAACCGCCAACAGAGUCGAGAGGAGAAAUACAUCACGGUGCAGCCCUACACCAGUCAGGGCAAAGAUGAGAUCGGGUUCGAGAAAGGGGUAACCGUGGAGGUCAUCCAGAAGAACCUGGAAGGAUGGUGGUACAUCAGGCACCUGGGAAAAGAGGGCUGGGCACCAGCCUCCUACCUGAAGAAGGUGAAGGAGGAUUUCUCCCCGAGGAAGAAGACUCUCACGGGUCCCGUGGAGAUCAUCGGAAACAUAAUGGAGAUCAGCAACCUCCUCAACAAGAAGGCGGUGAGCGAGAAAGACGUCCAGAUGGAGGGAGAGUCCACCGCUCCCGAGCGCCACAUCUCCAAAAGCGAGAUCAGCCUGCCCAUCCCCUGCGGCACCGACGCCGGCCUAGCCGGCGCGGGCACCGUCGCGGCCACCGUCGCGGCCACCAGCUCCAUCCCCGCCCUGCAGGACAGCAAGUCCAGACCCGAACCAGGCUCGCCUGCCAUCGCUCGGGUGGCUCCCCACCGAGUGGAGAUCGGCUUUGAAGCCAUAGGUUCUCCUAAUCUCCGACAGAAACCUCCACCUCGGCGAGAUGCAAAUCUGGGAUUCCAGUUGCCCAAGCCUCCAGAGCCCCCUACUGUGGAAGCGGAGUACUACACCAUCGCAGAGUUCCAGUCCUGUAUCUCAGAUGGCAUCAGCUUCCGUGGAGGACAAAAGGCUGAUGUGAUUGAGAAGAACGCUGGGGGUUGGUGGUACGUCCAGAUCGGGGAAAUGGAGGGUUGGGCUCCCUGCUCCUACAUUGACAAACGCAAGAAGCCUAACCUGAGCCGGCGCACCAGUACUCUCACCCGCCCCAAGGUCCCGCCCCCUGCACCGCCCGUCAAAAAGCAGGACUCAGAGGACACGCCCUCCGCCUCAAAAGCCCCAGAAUCCCCCAGCAGGCCUGUGUACGAGGAACCCGAAUACGAUGUACCUGCUAUUGGAUGUGACCUGGAGUCGGACACAGACUCUCUCAAAGGGGAAGGUCAGAACGCGGAACUGAAAAGCAACGGGGGGACAGCGGAGAAGUACCCUCAGCUCGUGGGUAAAUCUUCACCAAUGGUGUCUCUGAAGAGCGCUUCCUUUAAGGUGGGAAUGGGAGACUCUGUGGAAGAUGUCACAAGGGAGGAGUGCAUCUACGAAAACGAUGGGUUCAGAGUCUCGUUGGACGACUUCGCCUCCGCUAAAGAGUCCAGCGGAGCCGAUUCAGAUUCUCCCAAGACUCGUACCCUGGGCCGCAAAACGACUGGAUCCUCUUCUUCCCCAGGGGGAGGAAAACCCCUCCGGAAGGUUCCUCCUGACUUGAGCCGAAGCCAGUCCCUGAGGUAUCCAGAGGAGACCAGCCCCAGAUCCUCUUCGGACGAAUCCGGGCGCAAUUCCAAACGGCAGCCGGUCCUGCGCAGAGAUGUGGAGUGCCGGAUUGGAGACAGCCCUUCGGCCCGGCCCAAACCGGUAGUUCGGCCCAAGCCCCUGCUGAAUAAACCAGAACUGUCGAGCCCAGAGAGGAUGGAUAUCAGCAGCCUCCGGCGCCAACUGCGGCCUACUGGCACGCUCCGGCACAGCAUGGCAAGGGCCGCAGCCCGGGCCGGGGGAGAAGAUUCGGAGACAGCGUCGGUGGUGUCGUCGGAGGAUUCUGUCUCAUCACGCAGCACUUCAGACAUCUCCAGCAUCUAUUCCAAAGGCAGCCGCGGGGAUCCGGACCUGGAGGGAUGCCUUUACCGUACCACCGAUGCCUACGAGCGAGCCCAGGAAUCCGAGCUGAGCUUCCCAGCUGGGGUGGAGGUGGAGGUGCUGGAACGACAGGAGAGCGGUUGGUGGUAUGUCCGGUGGGGAGAGGAAGAAGGUUGGGCGCCCACCUUCUACCUGGAGCCCAUCAGGCAUUCCACCAAUACGGUCGUCCCUGAUGGUCCUGAAACGGGCCGCUCCAGCAAGUCCAAUAGCCUGGAGAAGAACGAACAACGUGUGCAGGCGCUCAAUAACCUCAACCAGCAAAACCUGCGGAGGAAUGUAGCCAAUCCCAGCCCACCCAUUCCUUCCAAACCACCAGGGGGUUUCACCAAGCCGUCUAACCUGCUUAAUGGUGGCAGCGGCGGGGUACGGAUGAGGAAUGGUGUCCGUCAGGCGGCGGUGCGACCUCAGUCAGUUUUUGUGUCUCCUCCGCAGCCUAUAAAGGAUGUAAACCUGCACACAGGCUCGCUCAGGCGGAAUGAGUCUCUUGGCUCAACCGAUCACGCAAGAUCAGGUGCUGGCGUGCGGAGGAAUUCUUCCUUCACUACCGUGCGUCCGCAGGCCCUGGCCGACGUGCGGCUUAGGUCAGGCACCAGCAUUGGUGCGUCGACUGCACCGUUGCCCGGCAACGCCAGCCCCCUGAUCGCCCAGAGAAAUGGCAUUCCGGUCUCCACAGUGAGACCCAAGCCCAUCGACAAAUCGCAGCUCAUCCACAACACUUUGCGCGAGGUGUACGUGUCUAUUGCCGAUUACCGUGGCGAUGAAGAAACCAUGGGCUUCCCGGAAGGCACCAGUCUGGAAGUUCUGGAAAAAAACCCAAAUGGCUGGUGGUACUGCCAGGUACUGGACAGCCUACAAGGGCGCAAGGGCUGGGUUCCCUCCAACUACCUGGAAAGAAAGAAGUAGCACUCUGCAAGAAAUGUACCCCCCCGCAUCAUGUCCAAACAUGGACAUUUGUUAUUAAACUGUAAAAAGAGGAUGUUUUUUCAGUUCUGUAUGGGAAAAGAGACAUUUUUA